AUAUUAUGAUAUGGCUGUGUUAUUUUUAUGUUGUGGCUGAUUUAUUGUUGUGUUAUAUGAUCAGAUGGAUGUUAGUCAAGUCGAACCACGUGAUUACCCUCCAAGACUUUACCCUUCUAACCUAGAAGGUAAAGAUAUCAAUCAUAAUUUCCGUGCAGGACAUUUCCCCCACAUUAAAGAAACAAUAGGACUCGAUGUGUGGGAAGAACUGGUGAACUCUCCCAUUGGAGUAGUUGCUAGGCUACUUUCACGCGAAAGCAUUUGGUCUGGUAGGACCGUACACUAUCUGCUAUGUAGACAGCUGCGAGUGCAUAAAAAGGAGAUAUGGUCUGUUGUGGUUGAUGAUGUUAUCAGGUUUAGCUUGCUCGAGUUUGGUGAGAUCACUGGGUUAAACACAGGUCCAUUGCCAACAGAAAGUUUUGAACCUGAUCAAUACAAAGAGUUUUGGGAGGAGUUGAAGGUGCCGCUUGGGAUGGGACCCAAGUAUGAUGAGCUGAAGGCAGCAUUAGAGUUCUGUCCUGGUUGGAGUUUUGAAAAGCGUAAGUGGUUGGGGAUGUUAUUUCUUCAAGCCAUGGGACUGUACUGUUUGCAUCACAAUUCAAGGAUACCCUUUCAAAGUGCAAUAAGGGUAUUCGACGAUGAAGCCAUGAGGUCGUAUCCAUGGGGUCGGACUGCAUACGAAGUUCUUGUUGACUCUCUGAAAACACUGUCUCCAGAUGGAAAGUCAUACACAGUAAGCGGCAUGAAGGACGUUUUAUUGGUUUGGGCGUAUGAGUCCAUCGUCUGUUUCGGUGAGAAGUUUGGGAGAGUGGUCAACAAUGAAGACGUUCCUCUUUUGCGAUGGGGUGGAAGGCGUACACGUUCAAGUUUUGAUACUGUCUUGUCUGACGAAAUCAAAGAUCAUGGCGAGGUCCGUUUGAGGAGAAUGGUUAUGAAGGAGUCAAUUGAAGAGAUGUUUCCUGUAUGGUCGGAUGAACCUGACGACCCACAACUCGUUAGGUUGGUAGAAGACAUACACGCAGGUAGAUACGUGAAAGGUUUCUGGGAAGUACAGAGGGAUGAGCAGGGGAAGGGGAAUGAGAAGAAGAAGAAGAAGAAAACGAAGGGAGUUUCAUCAGAAGCUGAGCCAUCAACAAAGAAGCAGAAGAAAGAAGCUGCUGAAACGAGAAAGGGUUCUAGCGAGGAGGAAGCUGUAUUGGACAAAGCGACUCUGACGAAUCUUGUGAGUGCUCUGCAGAAUAUUUCAGCAAAAUUUGACGCUUACGAUUUUGACCGGAACCGGCCAGUGAUGGACGAGAAGACCCUAGAUAACGUGGUGAAAGCUGUAGUGCAGCAGAGUCUGAAAGUUUUGGGGGAAAGGAAAAUUCCCGACAACGAUGCUAAACUCUCCUCCGCCGGCGUAGAAAAAUCUUUAUCGGUGACAUCAUCACCUCGUAGGAGGUCGCCACCGGAAAAGUCGGACAAAAGUCCAGUGGUAGAACCGCAGGCCCAGGAGGAGAAGUCUGUAAAAACUCCAGUGACAGAACCGCGGCAGCAGAAAAAGCCUGUCAAAAGUCCAGAGCCGCCGCAGCAGAAAGAGAAGGCUGUCAAAAGUCCGGUGCCGCCGCAGCGGAAGGAGAAGGCUGUCAAAAGUCCGGUGCCGGCGCAGCAGAAACAGCAGAAGUCAGUCAAAAGUCCAGCGUUAGCUGAGACCCCUGCAAAGAAGAAUUCGGAGCUUGAGAAGGAUACAGUGGUGAGAAGGAUUUUGGGUGAUGAUUUUAAUGAAAUUGAUUUCAUCAGUGUUUCUCCUGCAAAGAUUACUAAGGAUGCUAAGGAUGGUAAGGAUGCCAACGUUCCAGCCUAUGGACGCGGCUUACGGGGCAAGGCCAAGCGUACUGUUACUGUAAAGGAUGAGGCUAUCGAGGAUAAGAAAAAAGCACAGCGGGCAGAGGCUGCGUUGAAGAGGAAGGAGAAGCAAGAGGCUAAGAAAAAAGAGAACGAGGAGAAGAAACAGAAGAGAAAAGCGGCUGAGUUACAAAAGAAACAAGAGGCUGGGUUACAGAAGAAAAAGAAGGAAGACGAGGCUGAGUUACGAAAAAAAAGAAGGAAAAAGAGGCUGAGUUACCGAAGAAGAAGAAAGAAGAAGAGGCUGAGUUACAGCGGUCUGAGGAAUGUGUUGUGACCAACGACGAAGUUCUUGCGGAAGAUAACGCAUUGGCGGCGGAGUCUGAUGUCGAGCCAGCUGAAUUGAUUAGAUCUUCCGUGAUAAAGGAACUUCGGGAGAAAUCAGUUAAGUUAUCUCCACAAGGGUUUUCAUUGACGAACCUUGAUUCAGCACCAGUUUUUCCGUACAUUGGAGACAAUGGACAGACGACUUGCAUGAGGAAGAACAUUACGCCUUCAUCAGUAAUAUACGACCCUUGCGCACCUGUUGAUCCGGCGCGACUGGAAAAACUGAAGCAACACAUUAAGGCAAUUCCACCCAAACCACCAGCACCUAAAGAUAAACCAGAAGAACCCUCAGCUGAUCAUGAGAGUGACUUCUACAGCAUACUCAUGCAUGAAAGACCGUGGCCUGACAAAGAAUAUGGAUGGGUGUUUGAUAAUGUAAGUCUUUAUUAAGGCUGACUUAUAUAUUCUAUAAAGGCUGACUUAUAUAUUUAAUUCAUUAUAUUACGGCUGACUUAUUAUUUUUCUUUGUCUAGCAUAUCGCUGCGUAUAUGAACGUCCUCAUACAAAGGUCCAUGCGAGAUCCCACUCCAUUCUGGUCCAAGCGGAUUGGUUUCAUAGACCCUUGGUUGUUAAGUUCUUGGGCUUCCCUCGAUUACAGGCAGUUCAGGAUGAAACCUGCUUCGUUCAAGUUCAAAGACUGUGGUUAUGAAGCGUUGGUAAACGGGAGAUUCCCCGAAGAAUUUACAACAAACUUGAAGUGGUAUGCAGAUGUGGAUCACGUGUACGGAUGUCUUCAAACCGGCGGUAAUCACUGGGUGGCGUUUCACGUGGAUCUGAUCAAGGAGAAGAUAGAUUGCUACGAUCCAAUCUAUGGAGAGUCAACACCCGAAAGUGAGCAAAAAAUGCUAAAUGCUUUUAGACCUCUACUGGAGAUGCUUCCCUGGAUGUUGAAUGAGCUUAUUCCUGCCGAUCUCCGAAAGCAUUCUAGGAAGAGGUUCGCAUUCAGACGGAGGAGCAAAAGAUACAUUCCACAAAACAACAUGUCAGGUGAUUGUGGGGUUUAUUCGUUGAAGUUUGUGGAGUGUCUAGCGCUUGGUGUAACUUUUGAUGGCAUAAACGAUAGUAAUAUUCAAGGGUUACGGGUGAAGAUGGCAGCAGAUAUCCUCGAGGAAGGAGGAAAUGUUGGAAUGAACAAUUUGUUUUCAUAAUGAAACUGUGUUUGUUUGUGAACCUGUGUUUGUUGUUAUGUUAACUAUUUGACUUUGGAUAACUGCUGUAAUAACUCAGUCGUAUCGAUUAGUAAUACUCAGCCAGUACUCAUUGAUAACUCAGUCAUACCUCAAACAUACCCUAGAAUCAAAAUAAUUAAUAAUUUUUCAUUCGAAUGUUAUAUAUAAAGUCCAAUUAUCAAAAUAAUUAAUAAUAACUCAAUGUGUGAGCAUGAUCUUUGUUGACUAUACGAGUUUGGAAUCGAUUAUAAUCUUGAGGUAUAUGUUGUCUCUUACGAGUACCUAAAACUCUAGGCAGUGAUAUGAGGUGUGAGCAUGAUUCAAAACACGUAAACUGUUAUUGUGUUAUUUAUUAUGAAUUUGUGAUAUUUAUCAUAUCUUGUGGUUCGUACAUCAUAAAUCAUAACCCUAAACAAUCUUAUUCGGAACCCAAACCCUAAAUAACUAAACCCUAUACCCUAAACGGCAAACAACAAAUCAGCCGUAAAGGUCUUAAUAACUCAGCCUGUUAGUGUAAGUUAAUAUUUACAUAUGGCGCGAAAAUUUUAGAUAUUUUAUCUCGCGACCUUUAAUUUCUAUACUUCCCCUAUAUAUAGCCCCCUUCUCUUGCACCUUCUCGCCUUAUCUCACUAGAAAACCUAAACAAUAUCUCUAUAUCGCCUUACAAAGUUAUGAUUGUUCCUGGUUAUUCAGAAAGGUUAGAGAACAGAGUCAAUGAGAUACUAAACUCUGAAAAUCGUGAAAACCUUCCCGUUCUAUACCCUGGCCCGGGUGUCUUGCUUGACAGCGUAAUCUGGUUUAAAUUUCUAAGCGAUCUCUCCCUGGCCAUCCCGUCGAUUUUAGCAGAAGGAUGGGUUCAUGAUUGGCCGACAUGGCGCGCCAUUCCCGAUCAUUUUAAGGAACGCUGGUUUCUUCAACUCGCUGUAAGGACAACAUCUUUGAAUUGUUUUUGAUAUUAGACAUAAUAACAGCACUUACAUUUGGAAAUUGGUUUUUUGUUGUAGCGCAAACGCACGUGGGCACGAAGAUAUAAUUUUCAAGUUUGGACAAAUUUUAAUCUGGUGGCCAGAACGGUGUUUCGUUGUCAGAUGCGCCUCUUGAAGAGGAGGUGGGCACAUGGGGGUGAGAAGCCUGCGUGGAUGCUAACUAGAGUUUGGCGUGAUCUUGUCCACAUGUUUGAAGAAUUUGGUCCUGAUAAUUUUGGUUUUAGAAAUUGAUUUGUUGUUUUUGUUUGUAUUCAGCCGUCAAGUUUUUGUAAAGUUGUUUAACUCAGCCGUUAAGUUUCUAUAAAGUUGUUUAACUCAGCCAUUAAGUUUCUAUUAAGUUGUUUAACUCAGCCGUUUAGUUUCUAUAAAGUUGUUUAACUCAGCCGUUAAGGUUUUAUAAAGUUGUUUAACUCAGCCGGAAUUGUUUGCGUCAAACGUCAGUGUUUCAGUUAAGUAACUCAGCCGUAAUACGAAUUAAGAUACUAAUAACUCAGCCUUAUAUUGUAAAAAUACAAAGC